CGGGCACAUUUUCAAGCAAGUUCGCGACCAGAAAGCUUCAGUAGAAGCUACGGAGCUUUUCCCCCUUAUCGUAUAUUUCGUAUAAACGCCUCAAAAAAAAUAUUUGUUUGCAUCGUGUUAUAUGGUUUUGUGAGUGCUGCGAAAAUCGUCUUUUUCUUUUUUACUUGAAAAAGUGGCCGGCAUGAUCGAACAACGUCACCAGUCAAUCAUCAAAGAAAUCAAUGAUGACGAGUUCAAAUAAACACUGUUCCCUAGGGCUUCCAGAGAUGACAGCGACGCAAGCAUUCCUCCUUUUUUGCACCCUAUUGCAGCCCAUUUUUACCGAAGGUCAAAUGCCGGAGCCCGAGCCAGAGUUUCUGGCUCCCCUGGAGAAUCACACAGUCACUCAAGGCAGGGAUAUCGUCUUUACUUGCGUCGUCAACCACUUGUCUACUUACAAGGUUGCAUGGAUUAAAUCGGACUCAAAAGCAAUUCUCGCAAUAAAUACUCAUAUGGUUGCCCAAAAUCCGAGACUAAUUGUAACACAUAAUGGACAUAAUACAUGGAAACUUUAUAUACAUAAUGUACAAAAAGGAGAUGCCGGCACAUACAUGUGUCAAAUUAAUACUGAUCCAAUGAGAUAUCAGAUGGGCAUAUUAAAUGUAGUUAUCCCCCCGGAUAUAUUACCUGAUAACGAAUCAGCUGAGGGGUCAGGCAUGGCAGUUGAAGGUGGUAAUAUUAGACUUAGAUGUAAAGGUACUGGUGUUCCUGAACCUACUGUCAGUUGGAAACGACAGGAUGGGAAAAAUAUCGUUUUAAGGCAUGAAGGUGGACGAGAAAAAGUUGUUAAAAGUUUCGAUGGAGAAGUUUUAACUUUGACUAACGUCCAAAGGCAAGACAUGGGGAUUUACCUGUGCAUAGCAAAGAAUGGAGUACCACCGCUAGUGAGCAAACGAUUUGAAGUAGUAGUACACUUCCACCCCCUUAUAAGCGUUACGAAUCAACUGCUGGCUUCGCCGAUUGCCCGAGACGUUGUUAUGCAGUGCGAGGUUCAGGCAUCCCCCAAAGCCAUGAACCAUUGGAUGCGGGACACCGGUGAGAAAAUAAUAUCGAGUGACAAAUAUAUUAUGGAGGAGAUCGUGAAGAACGAAUACUCACUUCAGAUGAACUUAAGAAUAAAGAAUAUCGAUAGGCGAGACAUUGGAGGUUAUAUUUGUACAUCAUCAAACGCUUUAGGAAAGGCCGAGGGAACUGUACGGUUACAAGAAAUUCACUUACCGUUGGAUACCACCACGACGACCACCACACCGAGAUACGUAGUGACCAAACCACACAAACCUCUCGUCAAACCAACCAAACCUAAAGCAGGCAAAGCACGUAAGAAAGAAUACGACAAUAAGAAAGACGAGAAGGAAGUCAACCAGUUCUUCCCAGAGGCGAAAACUCCUUCGGUUUUUAUUGCUACCACUACUACGCAAGCGCCCUCGAUUAUUUUACAACAGCGCAAUUGCGCAUGCUCACAGUACUGGGGGGGUUUUAUAUAUUUUAUCGUGAUUUUAGGUAAUGUUUAUUUGUAAGUAUUAUUUAUGUAAGUGUAUAUAUAAAUGUUUGUGAAUCUAGCAAAAAAUAAUUUGUUGGUUAAAGUCAAAAGGAUGAGGUGUUAAUAUUAGAGUACGGAUUUUUAAGCAUGUACAGCUGGUACAUUUAUUUUUUAUAUAGUAUAAAGAAAAUUGGCAAAAAUGAAUGCUGCAACAUUAUAUUUUUUUUAAUGUCUUUCUUUACGUCUGCCAACUCGAUGCUUUUUUUAUAAAAAUAUAUAAUUUUUUUAACAUAGGCUAUUAUGUGUAAGAAUGCAUUAUAUUUAAUGUUCAAUUAUAAAAUAAACAAUUAAUAUGAACAUAAAACAAUAAUUACUACAGAACUGCGAAAAUUAAAAUUUAAUUUAUGUACUGCUACGGUGAACUCAUUUAAACUAUUAAAUAAACGAAUUAAAAAAAUAAUUUAUUACCUAAUACUUCCACCACUCUCCAAUGAAUUUUAUGAAAAGGGAACAUGUAAUGUGUACUUUUUCUAUUUAAUUCUUCACGCUUUUAAGUACGAACUCUGUUGACUACAUUUAAAUGCACCUAAAUUGAAAAAUUUCACCAUCUUAUCAAUAAUAUUUGGCAAAAACCUAAAAAUUAUUUUCUGCUAGACCUAAAAUCCAAUAUAAUUUUGUGAAUAAUUCCCUAUAUAUUAACUAGAUGUCGCAAAGAGGAAACGACACGCUAUUAUUAAUAUAGAUUUAAUCGACGUUUAAAGUUUUGCAAACUGAAACGUGUUUUGUGGCAAGGCAUGUAUUUAUCUUUAUCUAUUUGGAGGGUACUCUUAUACAUUUUUAUCAAUACAGGGUAUUUUGUUAUCGUUUUAAAUAAAAUCUGUUAAAUUUAAGGGAAACUGAACAGUAUUAAGUACUGAACGUUGUAGACUUUAGACAAUAACCAUGACACAAUUUUCGGUAGCAAACAUGUCAGAAAGAAUUAACAUAUCGGAUUACAUGGAAAUAUCUUUUGCUACAUAUCUGAUAUUGGCAUGGUAAAUAAUUAAAUUUGAUGAGGAGUAUCAGUUAUUUAUCAAUAUGUACGUUCUAUAUACAGAGUGUCAAGAAUUAAAUUAAUUAAUUAAUGUAUACAAGGUAAAUUUUUCUAUAUUACAGAUCUCAAUAGUCAGAGAAAGCGGUAAAAUUCUACCUCAACCUUACUUUGAAUAAUUGAUUUUUUCUUUUGCAUAAGAUAAAUUAUUUACAUUUGGGAUGCAUAAGUUUAAUGGAUAUGGCGAACAAUUUGCUCUUAUUAUAUGCAUAUUUAAAUUAGGGCGAAAAUUUCAGGCUGUCUUUAUUUUGUUAUUUAAUAAGAAAUUAAUACGUAAAUUACAUUUGAGAUGCAUAACUUAUAUGGAUAUGGCAAGCAAUUUAAUAUUA